AUGGACUUGGUCGGAGAAUUUCACAAGGUGGAAAUCGAUGGGAAAUCACAUCUUUUAUACUACAACGUUAAAUAUCCCCUCCCACAAAUAUACAGCACAAACUCUUCCGGUAAAACAGCCACUGAUUCCGGCGAAAACCUCCUUCAACCUCUUUUCGUGUGCCCUACGGUACGAGUGGAAUCAGCCUCACAGACUGCCACACCCACUUAUGUACUUGUUUAUAAAUUCGGUGAACCAAAAUGUGAACUCUUUUCCAAGAUCGAGACUUCCCCUCUCUUUGAUGACAACAGCAAGGAUCAUCAUCAUGUACUCCCUCUGUUUCGGUGCAACAAUAAAGAAGCCAGUCCAGAAGGUGAGUGCCAUGCUUGCAGAGUCCAAACACUCGUGACAGACUAUUACUUCUGCGUCGAGUGUGAUAAAAGAGUAUAUGACGAAACCAAGUAUUGUCAAGCGUGUUCUAUCCCAAUCUACGAAGAAAGCUUCUACGUAUGUAUGGAAGAAUGUUACUUCUUCUUGCAUGAAACAUGUGCAAAUGCUCCCCGUAAGAUGCUUCAUCCGCUACAUCCUCAUACACUUAAACUAGAGACAGUCAUCACUAGAGAAGGAAUAUUCCGUUGUAGUCUAUGUAUUCGCAUGAGUAGUGGCUUCCUAUAUCGGUGUACCAAACGGGAUUGUGACUACAAGCUAGAUGUGAGAUGUGCCUUAGUUUCUGAGCCGUUUGAAUAUCAAGGCCAUCAACAUCCUUUAUUCCUAGCUUUAGACCCCAAAGAAAAGCCAAUGUGUCACGUUUGCAAGACAACGGAGCAUAUGAAGGUAUUAAACUGCAUUGAAUGUGACUUUAUUAUAUGUUUCAAGUGUGCUACUUUACCAUACAUGGUAAAGUAUAAGCAUGAUGAACAUUACCUCACAUUUUGUCACGGAGAUGAGGCAAGUGACGACUCAGAUUGGUGUGAGUUAUGCGAGGGAAAAUUAGCAAUUGGAGGCAAAGCAGGAUUCUAUAAAUGCAAUGAAUGCUGCACCACGAUUCAUAUUCAUUGCUUACUUUGGGAUCAACCAUAUAUGAAGCCUGUUCCUACUAUCCAAUUCGGAGAAGAUACAAUCGAUCUCAUCAACGAUUUAGAAUCCUAA